GCGUUGCAACGAGGAGGGCCAGGCUUGGCUAGGGAUGAGCAUUAAUGGACAUGUUGCGUGCCCCAAGUCUGGUUCUUCGGUCUCCACCGUGACCACUGCUCUCGCCUUCGACAUCGCUGCUCCAUCGCCAUGACGAUAUUCAAGAAGCAUUCGCUCAAGACGGGCAACACGACACGCACGAAGGCGUCCGAGUUGACGCUGCGACAGUCGAUUUACCCGCUCUGUCUAGUCACCCUCCUAUUCUUCUUGUGGGGCUUUUCGUAUGGUCUGCUAGAUACGCUUAACAAGCACUUCCAGAACACGCUUCACAUCACGAAAGCGCGGUCUUCGGGCCUCCAGGCGGCCUACUUCGGAGCCUACCCGCUCGCGUCGCUGGGACACGCCAACUGGCUGCUCAGGCACUAUGGCUUCAAGAUUGUCUUCAUUUGGGGUCUUUGUCUUUACGGUGUCGGCGCCUUGAUUGCCUGGCCGUGCAUCCUCCACCGCUCGUUUGGGGGCUUUUGCGCCGCCAUAUUCAUCAUCGGGAACGGCUUGGGAUCGUUGGAGACAGCCGCGAACCCAUACAUCACGAUUUGCGGACCGCCCCGAUACUCCGAGUUGCGAAUCAACUUUUCGCAGGCUUUCAACGGCAUCGGCACCGUGGUGGCGCCCGUGCUGGGCUCCUACGUGUUUUUCAAGAACACCCUCGACAGCACCCAGUCUCUCAAGAACGUGCAAUGGGUCUACCUCGCCAUCGCUUGCUUCGUCUUCUUGUUAGCCGUCAUCUUCUACUUCUCGCCGAUCCCCGAGAUCACUGACGCGGACAUGGCUUUCCAAGCCGAACAGACGCACGCGAACACCGCAGACAAGCCGUUCUGGAAGCAGUACCGGCUGUUCCACGCGGCGUUUGCCCAGUUCUGCUACACCGGGGCGCAAGUCGCGAUCGCCAGCUACUUCGUCAACUACGCCGUCGAGACACGGCCCGAAACCUCGGAUUCCAUGGCUGCCCAGCUGCUUGCCGGAGCACAAGGUUCCUUUGCGCUCGGUCGCUUCAUAGGCGUGGUCAUCAUGAGAUUUGUAAAGCCUCGCGUUGUUUUCCUCUUCUAUCUGACGAUGUGCAUCGUGUUCAUCGCCCCGUCCAUCACACAGCGAGACAACACCGGCAUCUCCAUGCUGUACGUCACGCUCUUCUUCGAGUCCAUCUGCUUCCCGACCAUCGUCGCGCUGGGAAUGCGCGGGCUGGGCAAGUACAGCAAGCGCGGGUCCGGAUUCAUCGUCGCCGGCGUGUGUGGUGGGGCCGUCGUUCCUCCCGCACUGGGAGGCGCUGCGGAUGCGUCCAGCACCGCGCAUGCGAUGUCCGUCCCGCUCGGCUUCUUCAUCUUGGCGUGGACGUACUCCCUGGCCGUCAACUUCGUCCCGGCGUACCGAAACCCAGUCGACAUGCUUGGGCACGCGAAGAUCGGGAUUGAGAACGCCGGCGUCACGGACGAGGAGAAACAGGGGGAGACGAUUGAAGUUGGGGACCAGGAGAAGCAGUUCGUGGAACACGCAAACACGAAGGACUCGGAGAUUACGGAGAAGCACUGAGAGCGGGUUGAUGUGGUUACGUGAACUUGGCAACGCCGAAUUGGCAACGAGGAGAAACGAGGAGAAACUAGGGUACCGAAGUGUUUUUUUUUUCCUUUUGCUGGCAAGAAAUAGAUACAAAGCCCUUGACUCGUUCGGGUUGAACUCAUUUCUUUGUCUAUUCCGUUCGAUGUGCC